AUGGCGGAGACGCUGAGGCGAGUGCUGAACCUGGGCAGCGCGGCGGGCCCCGGGAAGAACACAGCUGAGGCCGAACCGCCUUUGCUGCUGCUCGGCGGUCCAGGCUCUGGAAAGACAGCUCUGCUAUUCGCGGCGGCCCUGGAGGCGGCAGGGGAAGGCCGAGGCCCGGUCCUCUUCCUGACCCGGAGGCCUCUUCAAAGCCUGCCCCGCAGGACUGGACCGGCGCUCGAACCACUGCGAUUACAAAAGAUCCGCUUCCAGUACCCACCCUCAACCCGUGAGCUCCUCCGGCUUCUGUGCUCUGCCCAUGAGGCCCGUGGACCAGCCCCCUCACUCUUGCUGCUUGAUGGCCUGGAGGAAUACCUAGUAGAAGACCCUGGGUCCCAGGAAGCCGCCUACCUGGCUGCCCUGCUUCUGGACACAGCUGUCCACUUCAGCCACCGGGUUGGGCCUGGCCGGGGCUGUGGGCUCAUUGUGGCCUUCCAGACCCGAGAGGAAGGAGGAGACAGUGGAAAUGCUCUGCAUCUGGCACUCCUUCAGAGGUAUUUCCCUGCCCAGUGCUGGCUGCAGCCGGAUGCAGCAGGCCCAGGACAGUGCUGCCUCCGAGCCUCCCUGGAGCCAGGUGGGCUGGGCCCCAGGGAAGAAUGGUGGGUGACUUUUCAACCAGAUGGAGAGAUGACAAUCACCCGAUGGCCCACCCAGUUGGUUGACACCAGCUCGCACAAGGGUUCAAGCUCUGGAGGCCAACCAUGAGGUUUGGAGUGUGACAACUUCUCUAUGCCUGUUUCCUGGUCUGGAACACCUGCCUCAGUUCAGUUCAGUUCAAUCGCUCAGUCGUGUCUGACUCUUUGCGACCCCAUGAACUGCAGUAUGCCAGGCCUCCUUGUCCAUCACCAACUCCCGGAGUUUACCCAAGACAGAUGCAAAUUCAAAGCCCUUAAGAUUGUAAAGUGCUUUUUCGCUCGUAAAUAUACCAUUAUCCUGUAUAUAUUGUGCCCA